AUGAAAAUUUUCUAUUGCUCCCAGAUGCCUCCAAUUUGGGAUAUUGAAAGGCAGCUUGCAAGCUUGUUGUUCGAACUUGGAUGUACAAGCUCAGCUCUUCAGAUAUUUGAAAAACUAGAAAUGUGGGAAGAUGUUGUUGUUUGCUAUGAACGAACAGGACAGCACGGAAAGGCGGAGCAGAUUCUGCGAAAAGAAUUAGAGAAGGAGGAGACCUCACACCUUUACUGUCUUCUUGGAGAUGUAUUACGGGAUCAUCAGUAUUAUGAUAGAGCCUGGGAACUUUCAAAACACCGCAGUGCCCGUGCCCAGCGAUCAAAAGGUGUUCUCUAUCUACGUAAUCGGGAGUUUGAAAAAUGUGUAGAGUGCUUUGAGAAGUCUGUAAAGAUCAAUCCAAUGCAGCUUGGAGUAUGGUUUUCCUUGGGAUGUGCCUACAUUACUUUGCAAGGAUAUGAGGGAGCAGCAAGAGCUUUUCAGCGCUGUGUCACCUUGGAGCCCGAUAAUGCAGAAGCUUGGAAUAAUUUGUCUUCCGCAUACAUCAGACUAAAACAGAAGCACAAGGCUUUCCGAACACUUCAAGAGGCUAUUAAAUGCAACUUUGAACACUGGCAAAUAUGGGAAAACUAUCUUCUAACCAGUACUGAUGUAGGGGAGUUCACUGAAGCAGUCAAAGCUUAUCAUAGACUCAUGGACUUACGGAGUAAAUAUAAAGACGUGCAGGUUCUGAAAAUCUUAGCUAGAGCAGUAGUUGAAGGAAUUGAAGAUUGCAGAGGAGAGUCAACAAGCAAUCUAAAAGGAAAGUUGCAAGAAUUAUUUGGGAGAGUAACUGCCCAGGAUUCAAGUGAUGCUGAAAUCUGGAAGAUAUAUGCCCAACUUUAUGGAAAUGGAGAAAGUGAAAAUGCAGAAGAAAACGAAAAGGCCUUGCAGUUCUUAUCAAAAGCACAUAAAUGUGAGAUUCAAAAGAGCGGAUGGGAAAAUGACAUUUCAGCAUUCAAAGAGAUAAUAAAAGGGGCAAUUGGCCUUGCUCAUGUGUCAAUAAAAUGCAGCAAAAUGAAGUCUAAUCUACAAGAAGCUGUGCAGAUACUGUCCUCAGCGCGUCUUAAUCUUCGUGGUCUAUCAUCUAAAGCAAAGCAAAUAUUUACAGAUGUGGCAAGUGGAGAGCUGUCAACUGAAUUAGCUGAUGAUGUUCAAAGAAUGGACAAUCUUGUUACUGAAAUUCAAGAAAUCAGUAAUCAGCUGCGUAAUCAAUACUGA